CGUCCCUCGCCUCAUGGCACACCGCGCCCCCGUCUUGGAAGUACUCGCCCGCAGGCAAGGAGCAGACCGCCACAUUCUGCACUCACUGCCUCACAAACCAAACGGACGCUGUCCUCGAGAUGGAAGAGAGCAAAAUGGUACGAUGAGCACCGCGAUAGCCCUGGUCUGGUCCUGGGUGGCACAACGUAAUCGACCCCUACACAACUUUCACCCAAACGUCCACCAUCAUCCCGCGUGCUAACCUCGGAUACGGAGUCAAUGCUCAGUUAACCGACUGCGCACUUAUCUACGCACAGUGCACGCCAUACACUGCGACUUUAUGCGAAACUAUCACAUCCGCAUCUCUCUCCGCCCGCCCUCGCCACCCGCACCGACGAACUCAACAUCGUACACACCACCUUCGGUAGCCACACCUGCGACAUACAUCCCGCAUUCUCUGUUUCAGACUCUCCCGUCGCAUCGUUCGCAGACGACGGCGCGUCGGUACACGCUUACAAACGAUUACAAACCGGAGGACAUCUCGAGCCCAUCUGAGCCAAGAGACUAUCGCUUUGGGCCCAUCAAGAUAGACUGGGUAGAUUGUACUUCGGGCGAUAUGAACGGGAGUGCAAUGAAGAAGACUGGUGUUGGUAAAGAGAAGGAAAGAGGGCGCGGCGACCCGGUCACCGCUUCGUUUGUCCCGCAUACGCAAGCAGGCGACAAGUCGGGCUUUACAAACCUCCCAGAGGGUAUUGUCCACAUCUACCGCGACGUAUCGAAACCGAUAGAAUCGCUGCAGGGUCCAUCUUCGGCGGCACCGCCAAACUCUGAGGAGCACUCCCCCACGCCAUCAUCUAAUGCUGAGCAUAACGCAGACCAGGACGCUUGUUCGAAACACCUUGUCUUGGGUGUGCUCGCCGUGCCAUCCUGGAUGACGCCUUCCGACUUCCUGGCCUUUGUUGCCCCAGCUGCUGAGGGGAUCUCACACUUGAGAAUGAUUCGAGACUCUGCGCCAAAUCGUUCAAUAGUGGUACUCAAGUUCAGAGAAGCAUCCGAGGCCGCCGAGUUUGCAGAAGCUUACAAUGGAAGAGCAUUUAAUUCCAUGGAGAGUGAGAUCUGUCAUGUCGUGCGCAUCUUGUCAAUAGCCAUCGACACCGAUGAUCCGGCCAGCCAGACUUUUGCUCGGAUCGGCACCACGCAGGAAGGUGGGGACGUUUAUGAGCUGCCUACAUGUCCGGUUUGUCUCGAACGGAUGGAUUCUGCCGUCACGGGGCUGGUCACUGUACCGUGUUCGCAUACGUUCCAUUGCACUUGCCUAAGCAAAUGGGGCGAUAGUCGAUGCCCUGUAUGCCGAUACUCACAGACACUCUUGACGUCGCAUCCGCCUUCCAUAAACAGGCGAUCAAGUCACCCUAUACCUUUCUCGUUUUCGUCAACUCCAUCGCAUUGUGUCGAUUGUGGCAGUACCUCGAACUUGUGGAUCUGCCUCGUCUGCGGCAACGUUGGCUGUGGACGGUAUGGUCGGGCACAUGCACAUGCUCAUUACAUGAACACUACCCAUCUAUACGCUCUCGAGCUUGAGACGCAGCGUGUCUGGGAUUAUGCAGGCGACGGCUACGUCCACAGGCUCAUACAGAACAAGGCAGAUGGUAAACUGGUCGAGCUCCCCUCCGCCGCGUCGACAAUCGGGAGCCGGGGUGAUGGUAGUAACGGCGUGGGUCCGAGUGCGGCGGACGCCUUGAGUGCGGAAAAGAUCGAGGCGAUCGGGAUUGAAUACUCGUAUCUCUUGACAUCGCAGCUGGACUCCCAACGCGCAUUCUAUGAGGAACAGACGGCAGGACUGCGAACACAGGUGGACCAACUUCGUGGACUCGUCGAACAGCUCAGUCAGCAAGUCGAAAGGAGCAGGGAAGACGCGUGUGAGAAGGAGGCACUGCGCAGGGCCGAGGAGGAUGUGCGUGCAUCGCAAAUGCAAGCGGAGAUCCUGAAGGCGCAGAAGCGUGCAGAAAAGGCUGCAGAGCUGACACAAAGAUUGAAAAAGGAGCUGCAGGAAGAGCACGCAGUCAGCAAGGGCCUUAUGGAGAACCUGCAAAGGGCGAGGCAGCAGACAGAACAGGCAGAACGGGAGAAGGCAGCAGCACUGGUCAAGGUCCGCGAGCUGGAAGACGAGAUGCGCGAUGUGAUGUUCUUCUUGGAGGCGAGAGACAAGAUUGAGAGCGGGGAUGGCGUCGUCGCUGAAGCAGCGGGAGGAUCUAUUGAGUUGCCUCCCUCGUCUAUAACUGAGACCAUCUCGAAGGGCGGCACCCACAAAAAUAAAGGCAAACGGAAAUGAUUGCUGGCAUUUAUCGCAGUCUCUUGUAGCAUCUACAUAUACCACCUGUAUCGUUAGCAUAGCCGAUCCAAAUUGCAUUCUUUGAC